AUCUUUUUUCUUGCUUCAUUUCAGAGCACUGAGACAUUUUCACAUUCUUGCUAAUGGUGAUUGGUGGAAUGAGUUCGAUUCAGUAAUGGGUUUUGGUGGGGUUUGUGGAGUUUUCUGAGUGAUGGGUUUUAGUGUUUGUAGGUUGCUAUGAAGUGGGUAGUGUUUGGAAUUUUAUAAAAUUGGAGGUUUCUUUUUCAGUUUUUUGGGAGUUGGAUAUUGAUGCCUGUUUAGUGUUGUGUUGUUCUGUGGAAGUAGUAUAUUCCAGCUUUUGAUGCUGAGAAUUGACAGCUGACGUUCUGUUUUUGAUGAACUGGGCAUUGGAUUUUGGUUCGGGUUUGAGUUUUUUGUAAUCAAAUGCUGCUCUGAAUCUACAAAGGGUGUUUGAUUCAUUGGUUCAAAGGUUUUUUUGUCUCCCCCCAAUUUUGGCUUUAUGGAUGUUUAUGGUUAUGGGGUAUUGAGAAUUGAAAGAGAGAGAAGAGUGUGUGUGGUGGUAUUAAGUUAGGCUUUCUUUGUUAGAAGGGAGAGUAGAUAUGGAUUUGUGGGUUGUUGCCGCAGCUGCCGGUGCUGGAUAUUUGACCAAGUAUUGGCAGAAACUUUCGAGGGAGAGGGAUAAGGAUGGCUUGUUAAAUGUUUCUUUUGGGGAUGCAAAUCUUGAGAAACCUGAGUCCCCAAGCUCUUCCCUCCGCAGACACAGGGAUAGAAAACCAGUUUCAGGUGAGAGAGUAGCAGAUAUUAAUGUCUGGGGAGGUGUUUCUGACACCGAAGAGGCUUCUACUAGUGGGUAUGAUGGUGAAAAGCUGGCAAGUCUGGUGAGUUACCAACAUUGCAAUGUACUUUCUCUAUCAAAUAUAUCACCAGUAUACCAAGCAAACAAAAAUGAGAAUGGAGAUGAAAGUAGGCAAAGUAAUGAUUUUGAUGACAAUACUGGUGCCAUGUUACCUAAAUCUUCCAAUGGAGAAAAGGGUUCUUUUCAUGCUCCUCUGAGGAACAUAAGGUCUUUAAGAACUGAACAUUCACAUGGGCAUAUUGUUAGGCCUCUAAAUUCCUUAGAAAGUUGUCUGAUGGCUCAGUUAUAUAAAGAGCGUGCUGAAACAAGUGUCCUUACCCUUCCUUCACCAUCCACUCCAAGUAUGAGACCAUUGAUUGUGAGUGAUGGAAGCCGAAUAAUUAGCAGAGCAAAUGGUGACCAUUUCAGUGCUCAGAUUGGAAUCGAGGAAAAUAAGCUGCAUAAGGAAGACCAUUUAGAAACAAAUGAAAAUGGCUCCGGGAUUCCUCCACCACCAAAACUUGGUUGUCUGGAUCUCCCAAAGAAGAUGAAAAUUGAGACAGGAAAGGGGCAGACUGGUAGAUCCAACAGUUCCAGUCACACGGCCAGCGGAAAACACUUGCAUGUUGAAGGUUCACCAGAUGGAGUAGUUCUACUAUGUCUUGGGGUUUCUAUUGGCGUAAUAUCUUCUUUCAUUGCAAAUAGAAAGGAAGUUGACAAGUUGAAAGACGUAUUGAAGCAGACCGAGAGCCUGGUUGAAGAUCUGCAUGAAGAACUGGAAAUGAAAGAUUCAGUAACGGUGAAGGAGCUAACUAAUGAGAAUUAUGGGUCACAGGAUACUUGUGACAAUUCGGUUUUUAACAGGGCCCUAAAUCCUUUUUCUGCUGAACAGAAUAUGGACAAGUAUGAUGGUAGAGAUUCAUAUGAGCAGAAAGCUGAGGAGAGUUCAGAGUCGAUGAGUAAAAUAGAGGCAGAGCUUGAAGCUGAACUUGAGAGGUUGGGGCUAAACAUGAAUACUUCUACUUUGGAGGGAAGAUUAACUGAUCUUGAUGAGCUUGACCCAGACUUGAUGGCAGAUUUUGCUCAAGGCGAAUUGAGAGCUGAAAUGGUUGGUGGGCACACUGUUGCCCAACCCGAGUCAAAUGAGAAUGCAAGCAGCACCUCCACUGCUCAUCACUUUGGAAACUAUGCAGUUUCUCCUAGAGAGCUUAGCUUGCGUCUGCAUGAAGUUAUCCAAUCAAGACUGGAGGAGCGUAUCCAGGAGCUUGAGGCAGCACUACAAAGCAGCCAGAAGAAGGUCCGCAUUGUGGAAUCAGAGGAUAAGGAUUGUUUGAGGGAUUUCUCAAACAGUUCUGUGCAGUCCACAAUCCAAGAUGGUAGCAGCCAGAAGGAGGUCCGCAUUGUGGAAUCAGAGCAUAAGGAUUGUUUGAGGGAUCUCUCAAACAGUUCUGUGCAGUCCACAAUCCAAGAUGGCAGUAGCCAGAAGGAGGUCCGCAUUAUGGAAUCAGAAGAUGGUACUAAUUCCAAAGAACAAAGCCAAACCAUCAUAGAGCCUCUAGUCAUGAAUUUAGCAGGGGAAGCUCUAGAUGCAUACAAUGAGGCUUACGAAGAGUUGAUGAAGCUCAGUGAGUCGGAAGAGGAGGAUUCACCUUGUCAAGUUAUUGAAACAUUCCGAGAUCAAAUCUGCCAUCAAAGUUUUGAUGUGAAUGGCUCCAUUGGGCAUUUUGCUCUCGAGGAAGAGAAAUGGUUAGGGGAUGAGCACAUUUCCAUGGUCGAGUGUUCUGUCAGUGAGGGGGAGAAUAGCAAUUCUGAUGAUGAGAUGGAGAAACAACUAAUACAGCAGAUUGUGGAGAAGACCAAGAAAGGUUCUCCUGUAGUCCUGAAUGCACAAAAGUGGUUGUUUUCGAUGAAUGAUUAUGAUAUCUGAAUUUUAACCAAAUUAAGUUUUGCAAAAGUGUAUAGACUAUACAAAAAUAUAGGAGAGGUUAGGUAUUCUUGACUUUACAGCUUAACGAAUCUACCAACGAUUCCUUCUAACAUUGUUGGUUUCCUAAUGAUUUAUUUAGAACUCCAAAUUACCGAA